AUGUUUGAGCAGCGAAACACAGUUCAUGAUGGUUAUGAAUAUGUAGACGAAGCUUCCAUUGAUCCUGAGCUGAUCUGUAGUAUUUGUCAUCAACCUUUUCAAGAUCCACAAUAUACUCCAUGUGAUGACACAUUUUGUCGUCGGUGUAUAACACAAUGGAUGCGAACUCAAAAUACAUCUUGUCCGAGUUNUUUUCGAGGAUAUUCCGCUUUGCUCAAGCGCAUCGAUAUUUUCUUGUAUUAA